GCGCACCCGUCCCCCGCGCAGCCUGCCGCGUGCACCCGCAGCCCUGCUUGCCAAUGCACAGCAGUGGAGACCCGGACAGUGCGAGUGGCUGCCGGUUGAACGCUGCCUGGCGUCUCCACUGCUCCCCUGGAUGUUUGCGCAGAGGACAGCUGCCAUGCGCCGCUGACUGCACCGAUCCGACCGCCGCAAAAGACACAUUGUGUCCACCUUUGAACUUUUGCAACGAGUGACGUUCUUUUUGCAUUAUAAUUUUUUUUCUUCUCACAAAUAUAUUUUUUUGCAGCAGGCACCUGUUUGAAGAUUCUGCUUGCAUCUUCAGAAGAACAACGUAGAGCCGUGCGUUUGACAUCCAACUUGGCGCUCAAUGGAUAUUUGUGAGUUACUGGUCUGGAAACUCGGGGAGCAUGGAUGCAAACUUUAAAAGCUUAUUCCUCUUUUUGACAUUACCCAGAGACAGUGAUCUUUUUUAAAUGAAGGCAGGUGAAUCAGCCCUCGCGUGAGAGGCGCGCAGCGCUCGGGGCUCUCCAGGUACAAACGGAAAGGAAAGGCGGUGGAAGUCGUGAUCUUUGAGGCGGAUUGCGCCACGGAGGACAGGGGGGGGAGGGUGGGGGACGGACGGAUGAGACAAUAUGGGUCCGUUGCUGUGUUAUGGAAGACUGAAACACCUCCUUUUCCCUCUUCUCCUUCUUUUGCGGGCUCCCCUGUUGUUCAGCUUUGGUGAACGGACUUGUCCCAAUAGCUGCCGAUGUGAAGGGAAAACAGUCCAUUGUGAUUCAGCUGGCUUCUUAGAUGUCCCAGAAAACAUCUCGGUGGGCUGCCAAGGCCUCUCUCUGCGCUACAAUGAACUACAUACCCUUCUGCCAUAUCAAUUUGCUCACCUCGGCCAGCUUCUCUGGAUAUACUUGGACCAUAAUCAGAUUUCAUCUGUUGACAGUCGAGCAUUCCAGGGGGUCCGCAGGCUUAAAGAGCUUAUACUGAGCUCCAAUAGAAUCGCAUCCCUACACAACUCAACAUUCCAUGGCAUUCCCAAUCUUCGCAGCCUGGACUUGUCCUACAACAAAUUGGAAAUCCUCCAACCAGGUCAAUUCCACGGCUUACGAAAAUUGCAGAACCUACACCUACGCUCAAAUGGUCUUUCUAACAUCCCAAUUCGAGCCUUCCUGGAGUGCCGAAGUUUGGAAUUCCUGGAUUUGGGCUACAAUAGAAUCAAGGCUCUAACCCGCACUACCUUUUUGGGACUGCAAAAGCUGAUGGAGUUGCAUCUGGAGCACAACCAGUUCUCACGGAUCAACUUUUUUCUGUUUCCACGCUUAGCCAACCUAAGAUCACUCUAUCUGCAGUGGAACCGCAUCAAGGUGGUCAACCAGGGCCUUCCAUGGACUUGGUAUACUCUGCAGAAACUUGAUCUGUCUGGAAAUGAAAUCCAGACCCUGGACCCAGCUGUGUUUCACUGCUUGCCCAACCUUCAAGUCCUAAACCUAGAAUCCAACAAGCUGUCCAAUGUGUCCCAGGAGGCAGUGUCAGCGUGGAUCUCACUGACCUCCAUCAGUCUAGCAGGGAACAUGUGGGAUUGUGGAACUGGAAUAUGCCCACUUGUGGCUUGGUUGAGGAAUUUCCGGGGUAGUAAAGACACCACGAUGAUAUGCAGCAGCCCAAAGAAUCUUCAAGGAGAAAAAAUUAUGGAAGCCACAAGGAACCAUGGUAUUUGUGAGGAAACUGAUUACGUUCUGACUGAAACACCUUCACCAAUGUCAGAUCUCAUUUCUGAAGCCACGGGUGAACCAACCUUUGCCCCCACUAGCGGUUCUCCACCUAUGCCACCAGCCAACACCUUUGGUCCUGUCCCACCCUUCAGACCUCGACCGAUUCCUCAUCCUACGCUUUCUGGUCAUUUGAGCAAAGACCCGAGAGACUCAGUCACUCACACUCGACCCACUCCCAUACCACCACCAGAGAUGGAGCACAUGACUCUGCACAAGGUGGUGGUGGGCAGCGUGGCCCUCUUCUUUACCACGUCCCUCAUUUUGACAGUUAUCUACGUGUUCUGGCGCCGCUAUCCAGGUGCCACCAGAUUACUGCAGCAGCAAUCCAUGGUGGGGCGGAAACGUCGCAAGAGGAGUCCGGAGCCAGAGCAGAACUUGAGCUCCCAGCUCCAAGAGUAUUACAUGAGCUACAACCCUGCUGCCACACCAGAGGCAUUGGAGGUGCUAGGCAAUGGCACUGGUUCCUGCACAUGCACAAUUUCUGGCUCCAGGGAGUGUGAGAAUGAGUACACGUGCCCACGCCCCCUACCUGGUGCUUGGCUGGGAGACAUGCCUACCAUCCAUUAAUCCCUAAAAGGGGACAGCUUUGGAUGGUGCAGCGAAAUACACUGAAGCAAGGAUACAGGAGAGAGACAUUACGCAUAGAACCCAUCAAUCCCAUUCAAGGAUACAUUUAAAAAAAAAAAAGGUCUUCUAUGCUAAGGGCCUCCACUGACUAAGACAAACAGGGGACAAUGCAGUCUUUUUCUUUUUCUUAAGAUUUUAUAAUGUCUUCUUUUAUUCAACCUGUGCUCUUUGGUCAUCCGCUUUGCUGCAAUCACCCCCGCUUCACACAAACACUGACCGGAUGGUUGUGGACAAGCAUUCCUGAGCUGCAGAGCAGAGCCUUGGGAGAGGACUCGUGGGCACUGCUGGAUGGUUUUAACAUUGGAGCUUAUUCUAUGGGAGUUAAUAGCUUAUUGUCUCCACAAGGACAAUGAGGCAUUGUGUUAAUGAGAGGCAUGAAAAUGUACAAGUUCAAGAGGCUUUAAACUGAGCAAUGAAUCACGUAUUCAAAAUGCACUGAGAGGUGGCUCUGACUGCUCCUGCUGACACAGCUUUGUGUCAAUUAAAGUGGGUUUACCUGAUUUGAUUUUGUAUUGAGCAUCAUGUUAUCACCUUUCAAUACUUAUUUUUUGUAAGAAAGACUAAUCAAAGGCCACGGUGGUGUAAAUGUGCCUCACUGGAGCAGAAACAUUAUGAAAGGAGUGUCUGUGCCCCUUUCAGCUUCGACUUACCUGCUCCAUCGGGUGGAAAUAAAGGCAGCAGCCGGCCGAUAGUUUGACACUCACAAAAAGUUGCCAGACGGGAAAGCAAACUAUGCUCCGGCCAAUGACCUUUGGUGAAGAUUUUUGUUUGAUUGUUUGCUUCUUUUUUUUUUAAAGAAAAUGGAAAAAAAGACAUUCCAAGUUAUUUCUAAUUGCAAUCAAACCUCAACUGUUUAGUUUGAUUUUGUGGACAGUACGGCAAUCAGAAGCGAAGGAGGGAAAAAAAGAAUAAGCCCCUAUCAAGUGUAAAAUGUAAUUUUUCUGGAAUUAUAAUGUUGGUAUUGUUGUACUUUAUGAAUAUGUGUUUCUGCCAUUUUCAACACCAAAUACUAAAGAGCCAAUUGGCGCAUUUGGGGCUCUUCUAAGCAGGAGUUACUAUCUUAAAGAAAUCCACGACGAGUUAAAAGAAGCCUCAGCUUCCCCUCACGGGCAGCACUGCUCUUUUACCCAAUUGUUGUUUUUUAAAAGUGUGUAACGUGAACGUCUCUGUGAACAAGAUCUAGCUACCGCGUCAUCCUUCAGAGGCUCUUAUCUGAAAGAUAACCUCCAGCACUGUUUACAUUUUAUGACUUAUGUUCGAUUCGUGUUUCACUUUCCUUGAACAAAUCCACCAAUUUCUCCCCUCAAAGACACUCCAGAUGUUGCUGUACACGCCUCCCUUGUUGUUUCAUCUGAAUUAGGUUUUGAAUUAGGUUCUGAGACGCACCGAGUUGUGAAUUGUUUGUUUCAACCUCCAAACAUAAUCUUUCUACACUUAAAAAUGAUGAUUUUCUAUUGUACAUUUCUCUUCUUCCCCCUUAAACUUGUUGAUAUUUAGUAUGCAGACGUAUUUGUUCACUUUCAAGAGUAUGUUUUAUAAUGAGAACAAUGACAUUUUAUUGGUAAGCAAAUUGAGUUGGUCAAAAUAAAAUAUUCAUUAGUCA